CUUUCAAAAAAAUUAUAUUUGAAUGUUUUGUUCUUCUCUGUUGCUUUGGGGACUGCAAUUAGUAGCAUUUGCACUUCUAUACUGAAUAACUGGACACUGUCACAUCAUCCCUCAUGCAGCUGUACCAUUCCUCGCAAGGAGGCUGCAGUGAAGAGUUGUGAUGAGGUUGAUCCAGUAGCAAAGGAGCUGUUAAUUGCAUUGUGAGGAGACAAACUGAUGGGCAGUUAUCUGGCUACAAUACAGACUAUUUCAGUGCUAUUUCUCCUGUUGAAGAUAGACAGCGAGGGACAUCUAAUACAAGCUGUACUGCUGGUUCACCCUUGGCUGGAAAGCUGUUUUGUGGUUAUUGGUGCUGGUGGUGCUGGAAAGGCACUUGUUUAUGGUACAGAAAAAAAAGGAGCAAGGGUUGUCAUUGCCAAUUGGACCUAUGAGCCUGAUCAGCUUGAGAGAAACGAAGGGAAAUGGAGGGGAGAUUUGACCAAUUAAACUAAAUUGUUUAGUUAACGAAAUAAUUUGAGUGCUUAUGAUAAUUUUCCCUCUAGACUUAGUUUUCUCGUACUAAAAACGCUAUUAGUUCUAAAAACUUGAAGGAUGGGUUUAUGCUUUGUAUUCUUUAUUCUAUAAAUAAUAUUAUUAUUU